CCAGCUCUCCCUUCCUGCCCUAGUCAGCGUCCCGUUUAAUCAUCCAAGACUCCGAAGGCUCCCAAAGCCACCUCUGGGUCGGCUGAGCCCUUCCUGGAACUUGCCUUGGCAGCAGAUUAAAGAUGGCCCGCCACCCUUAAUCUCAGCCUCGUGAUCCUAGAUAGUGGUUUAGUCCCUCCAGGGGCGGGGAUCCUGGAGGCUCCGCCCCCUGACCUGUGGCCUGACCCUCCUCAAACGCGCCCAGGCUGGACCCCGCCCCGGCCUGAUCCAGCCCCGCCCCGCCGCAAGUUAAGAGCCCCCCAGUGUCAGACGCUCCAGACAGGCUGCCACGCUUGGGGGGGCAAGUGGGUUGGUUGUCAUGGCGACGGCGCGGGUGGCCACCGCACUUCGGGCCACGGCUGUGGGCGGGAGGCUUCGCUGUCCCCGAGGCACUGGGGGCGCCCGGAGGCUGAGCGGCAGCGCGCAGCGGCGGGCGGCGGGGGGCGCCAGCCCGGGGCGCCAGCUCAGCACAGCCUGGGCGCAGGCCCAGCCCCCGCGGGAGGAGGCAGAGGAGCCGUCGGGGACUCCAACUCCCGCACCCCCGGUGGUCUCUGAGUCCCCCGAGCCGCCGGUUGGUCGCUCACUGGUGCAGCGGGACAUCCAGGCCUUCCUGAACCAGUGCGGGGCCAGCCCGGGGGAGGCGCGCCACUGGCUCACGCAGUUCCAGACCUCCUACCACUCCGCGGACAAGCCGUUCGCCGUCAUCGAGGUAGACGAGGAGGUGUUCAAGUGCCAGCAGGCCGUAUCCAGCCUGGCCUUUGCCCUGGCCUUCCUGCAGCGCAUGGACAUGAAGCCGUUGGUGGUCCUGGGGCUGCCCGCCCCCACGGCGCCCUCGGGCUGUCUUUCCUUCUGGGAGGCCAAGGCGCAGCUUGCCCAGAGCUGUAAGGUGCUGGUGGACGCGUUACGGCACAACGCCGCCACUGCUGUGCCUUUUUUUGGCGGCGGGUCGGUGCUAGGCGCUGCCGAGCCAGCUCCCCAUGCCAGCUACGGCGGCGUCGUCUCAGUGGAGACGGACCUGCUGCAGUGGUGCCUGGAGUCGGGCAGCAUCCCCAUCCUAUGCCCCAUCGGAGAGACCGACGCGCGCCGCUCGGUGCUUCUCGACUCGCUGGAGGUGACCGCGUCGCUGGCCAAGGCGCUGCGGCCCACCAAAAUCAUCUUCCUCAAUAACACAGGCGGCCUGCGCGACGGCAGUCAGAAGGUCCUGAGUAACGUGAACCUGCCCGCCGACCUGGACCUGGUGACCAACGCCGACUGGUUGAGCACCAAAGAACGGCAGCAGAUGCGGCUCAUCGUGGACGUGCUCAGCCGCCUGCCCCACCACUCCUCGGCGGUCAUCACUGCCUCCAGCACGCUGCUCACCGAGCUCUUCAGCAACAGGGGGUCCGGAACCCUGUUCAAGAACGCAGAGCGGAUGCUGCGGGUGCGCAACCUGGACAGCCUGGACCAGGGCCGUCUCGUGGCCCUGGUCAACGCCAGCUUCGGCAAGAAGCUCCGGGACGACUACCUGGCCUCGUUGCGCUCGCGGCUGCACUGCAUCUACGUCUCUGAGGGGUACAACGCGGCGGCCAUUCUGACCAUGGAGCCCGUACUGGGGGGCACCCCGUACCUGGACAAAUUUGUGGUGAGCUCCAGCCGCCAGGGUCAAGGCUCCGGCCAGAUGCUGUGGGAGUGCCUGCGGCAGGACCUGCAGACGCUUUUCUGGCGCUCCCGGGUCACCAACCCCAUCAAUCCGUGGUACUUCAAGCACAGUGAUGGAAGCUUCUCCAACAAGCAGUGGAUCUUCUUCUGGUUUGGCCUGGCAGAUAUUCGGGACUCCUACGAGUUGGUCAACCAUGCCAAGGGGCUGCCAGACUCCUUCUGCAAGCCAUCUUCUGACCCAGGCAGCUGACUACAGACCACCCCCCACCCUGGCCCUGGGACAGCCAGGAUGAACCAAAAGCCAUGCCUGUUGAGGGUGACCCCAGGCAGCCACAGACUGGAUGGGGCUUGCUGGUUGAGUGAUCUGUAGAGGAAGAAGCAGCCUUGGCUCUACCCAGAGCAGGCACCCCAGUGGGACAAGCACAGGAAGGGGGGGGUGCCAGCCCAAUCCCCUGACUUGCCCCAAAGCCACAACCAGAUAGCCUUCAAUUUUCAACCUGGGAAUGGGGGAGGGGGGCAGUGCCUUCCAGGGCUCUGCUCAGGGCUAACCUCAAGGGUGGGUCAGUUUUCUGUGGCCUCUGUGCCGUGUUUUGAGGCUCCCUUACCCAAAAUAUCACCCUUGCCUGCCUGAUAUUCUACCACUCAUUUUAUUAUUUUUAUUUUUUAUCUUACUCAAUGCAGAGUGAAUACCACUCAUUUUAAUUCCUUUGGGUCUUGCAGCAGUUUUUCAGGAGGCCUUGAUUAAAACACAAAUACUUGUCUAA